AUGGAAUACCCCAACGUUAGGCGCCGUCAACGACCUCCGUCCGAGUAUCCCACUUCCGAGAGCCCCCAUUUUCAUCAAGGGAAGAAGAAAGACUCGUCAGAGUCAAAAAAAGGUCGUCGGAAACGAGAUCAAUCCACCAUCAAGCAACAAAUUCUGGUUUUGCUGGGUUCGCUGAGCGGACUUGGUGUGUGGUAUUUGACCCCAGUUGCUUCUUGGAUUACGACUGUGUUGGUACAACAGAUUCCUGUGGAUGCCGAUGUGAUUUUGGGUAGAGCAGCCCUUGCUGAAUUUGAAUCCGAGUACAAGGCCAUUUAUCACCCUCACUGGUCUCCCCUGGUAGAGCAGGUUGGGCGGGAACUGAUUUCAACACUAGAGCGCACAUCUUCGGAUGUACUGGAACAGGCAGGGGGCGAGCAUCAUGCAGUGGAGAAAACGCUUGUCAGUUUGUUGGAUGGAUUGUCACCGACGACAACCAGGACUUCCUCCAAAGCAAGAAUUCACGGUUUUAAAUGGGACUUUGCCGUUGUCAAGGCACCCAUUGUCAAUGCGUUUGCCCUACCCGGUGGGUAUAUCCGUGUAACCGACAAACUACUGGAGACAUUGUCGCCCACUCGUGGUGAAUUGGCAAGCUUACUGGGCCACGAAAUUGGCCACGCCCUCUUUCGCCAUUCUCAAAAGAGGAUCGUCCAGCAAAAGAUGUUUCAAUUGGUCAUCUCUGCAUUGACCUAUGAAGAUCACGAUGAAGACGAAGAAACCUUUGGAGAGGCCCUCGGAGAACUACUGCUUCAGAGCGCACAAUUCUUUGGCCGACAAAAAUUUUCCCGGGACGAUGAAUAUCAAGCCGAUGCGACUGGGUGGAUAUUGCUUCAAAACUCUAAAUCCUACAAUCCACAAUCCGUCGAGUCUCUGUUGACGAAACUGUGGACGUUGCAGGGGAAGACACCCACCACCUUGGACUGGAUGAGUACACACCCUGCCACAGAAAAUAGAAUCGAAGCUCUUCAAGAAAAGUGGAAAGGCUUGAAUCGAAGAGAAAAGAAAAGACUUGAAUAUCGCCCGAUAUGA